GCCAGUGGGGGCGAGGCCCCGGCUGCCGAGCAGCGGCUCCUGCACGGCCCGGGCCCCGCGGAGCUGGAGCUGGAGCCGGCGGUGGUGGAGGCUUCCCGGCGCAGCGAGCCGAGCGGGGGCUGGCUGCGCUGGUUCGUCACGGUGGUCCUGUGCGCCGCCUUCCUGGGGCUGGGAAUGAGUGUCGCUAUACUGGGGCCCACGUUUCAAGAUCUGGCAAAAAACGUGAACCGCAACAUCAGCAGUCUUUCUCUGAUUUUUGUGGGCCGGGCCUCUGGAUAUUUGAGUGGCUCUGUGGUCGGAGGAGUUCUUUUUGACACUAUGAAUCACUUUCUGCUUUUGGGGGUCUCAAUGUUGGCUACCACCGCUGGUCUUUUUCUUGUCCCAUUUUGUAAGACUGCAGUCUUGCUGAUCAUUAUGAUGUCCGUAUUUGGUUUUUCAACUGGUAUUCUGGAUACAGGUGGGAACGUCCUGAUCCUGGCUCUGUGGGGGGAUAAAGGAGCCCCACACAUGCAGGCCUUACACUUCAGUUUUGCCUUUGGCGCCUUUGUGGCUCCAUUGCUGGCCAAGUUGGCAGUCGGCGCAACGGUGUCUGCCGAAAACCACACGGAAGCCGACUUGAACCAUUCUGUCCUCAUCCAGUCCUCUGGAGCUGAUUCAGGCGCUCUGCUGGGAGUGCCUGAUGAUCUGAAUUUAUUGUGGACCUACGCUAUUAUUGGUACUUACAUUUUUGUAACUUCUCUCUUUUUUUUUGCCUUGUUUUUUAAGAAAAGCUCAAAGCAGGAAAAAGCUAAAGUGUCUGCCCAGAAAUCUCGAAGAGCUAAGUAUCACGUGGCUCUUCUUUGUCUCCUGUUCAUUUUUUUCUUUUUUUAUGUUGGAGCCGAGGUCACAUAUGGUUCUUAUGUUUUCUCCUUUGCCACCACCCAUGCUGGCAUGACAGAAAGCGAAGCUGCUGGGCUGAACUCCAUCUUCUGGGGCACCUUUGCAGCCUUCAGAGGUCUGGCCAUCUUUUUCUCUACUUGUUUGCAGCCUGGAACCAUGAUUGUGUUGAGCAAUAUUGGCAAUCUGAUUUCCUCUAUAUUGUUGGUGCUAUUCAACAAGAACCGGACUUGUCUCUGGGUAGCCACGUCAGUGUAUGGGGCCUCGAUGGCAACCACAUUUCCCAGCGGCGUUUCUUGGAUAGAGCAGUACACAACGAUCCAUGGGAAAUCUGCAGCAUUUUUUGUAGUUGGUGCUGCCCUGGGCGAAAUGGCUAUUCCUGCAGUCAUUGGAAUCCUUCAAGGAGAAUACCCAGACUUACCUGUGGUCUUAUAUACCUCUCUGGGGGCAGCAGUAGCCACUGCAGUUUUAUUCCCAGUGAUGUACAAAUUAGCCACCUCACCUCUUGAUCGUGAGCGAAAAGAACGCAGGAAGAGUGAGGACCAGAAAGCUUUGUUGUCUAGCUCUGGGCUGAAUGACUAUGAGGAUGCGAAUGAAGAAGAUGAUGCAGAGAAGUGGAACGAAAUGGAUUUUGAAGUGGUUGAAAUGAGCGAUGCAAUGAUGAGUUCUGUCAUAGACACAUAGGAGAUCCUGAUGGCACUGGCAGCUGACACGUUCAAGCAACACCACUUAGAUGCUGUGGUGUUGUGGUCUGCCCCUCUAGUUAAUGCGGGCAGCACCACUUGAAACCAGGACAGAAGGGACUUCUACUUAGAGAAGAUGAAUUAUUUAAUCUUCUUUGAGUUUUGGGGGGCCUUCUAAAAAGUGCUCAGGGAGCCCAGGGCCUACACCUGGCUCGGCUCAGGCUCAGAGGACCAUAUGUCGUGGCUUGAUACCCAUGGUCUCUGCUGUAAGCCAUGGUCUUAAGCCUGUUGAGCCAUCUCUGCAGCCCAUUUACUGACUUCUUGGAAAUCAGCAGUUCCAAAGAAGCCAAAACAGAGUGCUUAAUUUCAGCACGGUACUGUGAUCUAAAUUUCUAGGUCAGAAUAUAGCAAGAGUAAAAAGUUUUAGGAUACUCCGUGUAUUUAAAGAUGUCCACCAAGUACCUAAGGUUCUCCUACUAUGGUGUCUGAGUAGGAAAUAUUUUAGAUUCAUGACUCUCAGGACAUUUAAGAAGGCAUUUAUAUUUGAGGUUAGGUAUGAUUGGAUGAUGUCAUUUAGUAUUUGAAUCAAGCCAUAAAGUUUUCAUCAUCAGUAUUAUGGGAAGUCAUCAAGAAUUCACUUCCUGAAAGACACCUUUCAGGAAGAGUUUUUUUUUUAAAUUAUCAAAUCAGUAGCAGUAGCAUUGAACAAAGAAUGCUAAAGAUUUUCUUUUGAUUCUAUGAGGAGUAUAUAGAAUAAGGCCCUCCCUAAAGGUGUGUUUUCAAGCCACGAUAAUUAGUCUCUAGCCUUCUGACUCUGCACUCAGGCCCCUAAACUAUUGGGGGUUUCUUUAAAAAAAAUUCAUUUUCCUGAUAUAUGUGAGUUUACCAAUGAAAGCAGGAAGAUAUUCAAAAAGGCUUAGGGACUGGAGAGAGAGUAUAGCAAGUAGGGCUUUUGCCUCAUGCACGACUGACCUGGUUUCGAUUUUCAGCACCACACACAGUCUCCUAAGCCCUGUCAAGAGUGAUCCCUGAGCACUGCCAGAUAUAGCCUAAAAACAAAAGCAAGAGAAAACAAGUUGUCUAUUAGAAAUCACUCUAGGUGCUAUAUUCAAAUGGAAUGUGAAAGAAAAUUGAUGACUUGAAGAAUGUAUUACAAUCAUGGUAGCAUUUUCAGAGACUUAUGUUAAUACUUUGUUUGAACAAUUAUCUGAAGAACAUUUUAUUACUGCUUUAAUUGAUCUUGGUAUGUACCUUUUUGAUGUUUUCAAAAUUUCUGAGGUCAGAAUAUGUUUAAGAAUUAAAGAUAUU